AACCAUUUCAAUGUGUUCAGUGUAUAAAUAAGGAUGUGAGUUAAUGAGUGAAGAACAUAUAAAAUUAUUUAUAAGCAUUUAUUGCCUUUGUUUUAAGAAGAAUAUAAUUAAAUAAUGGCUCAUUUUAUAAAGAAAGCAUUUCAGUUAAUCCCGAAUCAAUUAUUGUACCAACAAAAGCGUUACAGGGGAAAGAUAAAUAUUAGAAAACCAAAAAUAUCUUUUAAAAAGCGAGUAUUAAACGAACUUUUAACACCCUUCUUUAUUAAUCCUAACAAGGAUAAAACUCUGGAUCAAUUGUGCAAAAACGCAACAAAGAAAAUCGAGCACUCUCUUGGAAUUUAUGAUACGAUAAUAGCAAGAGAAGUUCGUAAUUGGUUUGAUAAUUCAAAAAUGAUUGCUGUAUUGCAUGUGAAUAGUAUUAUGGAGCUGGACGUAUUCGAUAUCAAAGUUGCAUUAUUCAAGGAAAAUAUGCACUACAAACGUUAUGGGUCUCAUAUCGUACAUAAUGCUAUUAAGAAUUCGCCUUACGAAAAUCUUGCUCCUUUAAUUAGUAAUUUUACUGCAUUUGUAUUCAGUUCUGAAAUAAAAGUACCCAUUGUAAACAAAAUUAUCAAAAAAAGCAAGAAAAUGUAUAUAUUAGGGGGAGUGUUAGAAGGACAAGUAUUGAAGUACGAUGAUUUCCUGAAGUUUGGAGAAAUGGAUAUCACAAUGGCGCAAUCGAAUUUGGUUCAAGUAUUACAAAAUGCAGGAGGCGUUAAUCUGACUCGACAACUUACACACCAUCAGUCGACACUGUUGACACGACUGAAACAGAUCGGUACAAAUGAGACAACCUCCGACGAUAAAAAAUCGGUGCCUGUAUAAUUGCAAAGAUACCUGUAUCUAUAAUUUAUUAUACGUUUAUGAUGCACACGAAGCUUUAAGUAAAGUACAAUUUAUUCUCCUAUGCCCUUUGUGACGAUAAAAAAAUAAGAAUGAUGGUUGAAAACUGA